AUGGCAGGGGCUGCGCGGGGCUGGCUGCUCUGGGCCCUGCUCCUGCACCAGGCCCAGGCAGAGCUGUACACGCCCGUGCACCAGGCCGGCUACUGCGCCUUCUACGAGGAGUGCGGGAAGAACCCUGAGCUGUCUGGGGGCCUCACAUCGCUGUCCAACGUGUCCUGCCUGUCCAACACGCCUGCCCGCCAUGUCACGGGCGACCACCUGGCCCUCCUGGAGCGCAUCUGCCCCCGCCUCUACAACGGCCCCAACACCACCUACGCCUGCUGCUCGCCCAGGCAGCUGGUGUCGCUGGAGACCAGCAUGUCCGUCACCAAGGCCCUGCUCACGCGCUGCCCCGCCUGCUCUGACAACUUCGUGAGCCUGCACUGCCAGAACACCUGCAGCCCGGACCAGAGCCUCUUCAUCAACGUGACGCGCGUGGUCUCCCAGGGCGCUGGGCAGCUCCAGGCCGUCGUGGCCUACGAGGCCUACUACGAGCGCAGCUUCGCCGAGCGGGCCUACGAGUCCUGCAGCCGCGUGCGCAUCCCCGCCGCCGCCACGCUGGCCGUGGGCAGCAUGUGCGGCGUGUACGGCUCUGCCCUCUGCAACGCCCAGCGCUGGCUCAACUUCCAGGGGGACACGAGCAACGGCCUGGCCCCGCUGGACAUUACCUUCCACCUGCGGGAGCCCGGGCAGGCGCCGGGCAGCGGGAUGCAACUGCUGAACGCGGAGAUCGCGCCCUGCAACGAGUCCCAGGACAGCGCCGCGGCCUGCUCCUGCCAGGACUGUGCCGCGUCCUGCCCGGCCAUCACGCAGCCUGAGGCCCUGGACUCCUCCUUCCGCAUUGGCCGCGUGCGGGGUGGGGUGGCACUCGUCGUCAUCCUCUGCAGCACCCUGGGCGUGCUCCUCCUGGGCCUCGUGUGCGCCCGCAGGUACUCGGCCAAGGCCAGGGGCACGGCGACGGCCCCCACGGCCUGCUCCAGGCUCUCCCACCGCAUCAGCCUGUCCAUCCACACCUUCCUCCAUCGGCUCUUCCAGUGCUGGGGCACGUGGGUGGCCUCGUGGCCCCUGACCAUCCUGGCCGUGUCCAUCGCGGUCGUGGUGUCCUUGGCGUGUGGCCUGGCCUUCACGGAGCUCACAACGGACCCCGUGGAGCUGUGGUCGGCCCCCAACAGCCAAGCCCGCAGCGAGAAGGCUUUCCACGACCAGCACUUCGGCCCCUUCUUCCGAACGAACCAGGUGAUCCUGACGGCGCCUACCCGCUCCCGCUACACUUACAACUCCCUGCUGCUGGGGCCCCGGAACUUCAGUGGGAUCCUGGCCAUGGACCUGCUGCUGGAGCUACUGGAGCUGCAGGAGCGGCUGCGGGCCCUGCAGGUGUGGUCGCCCGAGGCGCAGCGCAACGUGAGCCUGCGGGACGUCUGCUACGCCCCGCUCAACCCGCACAACGCCAGCCUCACCGACUGCUGUAUCAACAGCCUGCUGCAGUACUUCCAGAACAACCGCACGCUGCUGCAGCUCACGGCCAACCAGACGCUCCUGGGCCAGACUGCCCAGGUCGACUGGAGGGACCACUUUCUCUACUGUGCCAAUGCCCCCCUCACCUUCCAAGACGGCACGGCCCUGUCCCUGAGCUGCAUGGCCGACUACGGGGCGCCCGUCUUCCCUUUCCUCGCCGUUGGGGGAUACGAAGGCGAGGACUACUCGGAUGCGGAGGCCCUCAUCUUAACCUUCUCCCUCAACAACUACCCUGCGGGGGACCCCCGCCUGGCCCAGGUCAAGCUCUGGGAGGAGGCCUUCGUGAAGGAGAUGCGAGCCUUGCAGCUUGGGAAGUCCAGCAAAUUCCAGGUCACGUUCAUGGCCGAGCGCUCCCUGGAGGAUGAGAUCAACCGCACCACGGCUGAGGACCUGCCCAUCUUUGCCAUCAGCUACAUCGUCACCUUCCUGUACAUCGCCCUGGCCCUGGGCCGCUACUCCAGCUGGCGCCGAUUGCCGGUGGACUCCAAGAUCACGCUGGGCCUGGGCGGGGUGGUCAUGGUGCUGAGCGCGGUCAUGGCUUCCAUGGGCUUCUUCUCCUACCUGGGCAUCCCGUCGUCCCUGAUCAUCCUGCAAGUGGUGCCUUUCCUGGUGCUGGCCGUGGGGGCCGACAACAUCUUCAUCCUCGUUCUCGAGUACCAGCGGCUGCCGCGGAGGCCUGAGGAGUCGCGGGAGGCCCACAUCGGCCGAGCCCUGGGCAGGGUGGCUCCCAGCAUGCUGCUGUGCAGCCUCUCCGAGACCAUCUGCUUCUUCCUGGGGGCCCUGACCCCCAUGCCAGCCGUGCGUACCUUUGCCCUGACGUCUGGCCUGGCGGUGCAACUCGACUUCCUGCUGCAGAUGACUGCCUUCGUGGCCCUGCUGUCCCUGGACAGCAAGAGGCAGGAGGCUUCCCGGCCAGAUGUGUGCUGCUGCCUGGAGCCCCGGAAGCUGCCCUCCCAGCAGCAGAGCGAGGGGCUGCUGCUGUGUUUCUUCCGCAAAGUCUACGCCCCGCUCCUGCUGCACAAGGUCACCCGCGUGGUCGUGCUGCUGCUCUUUCUGUUCCUGUUCGGAUCGAGUCUCUACUUCAUGUGCCAGGUCACCGUGGGGCUGGACCAGGAGCUGGCCCUGCCCAAGGACUCGUACCUGAUCGACUACUUCCUGUUUCUGAACCGCUACUUUGAGGUGGGGGCCCCAGUGUACUUUGUCACCACCUCGGGCUACAACUUCUCCAGCGAGGCGGGCAUGAACGCCAUCUGCUCCAGCGCAGGCUGCGACAGCUUCUCCCUCACCCAGAAGAUCCAAUACGCCACCGAGUUCCCCGAGCAGUCUUACCUGGCCAUCCCCGCCUCCUCCUGGGUGGACGACUUCAUCGACUGGCUAACCCCGUCCUCCUGCUGCCGCCUUUACAUCCUCGGCCCCAAUAAGGACGAGUUCUGCCCCUCCACAGUCAACUCCUUGAACUGCCUGAGGAAUUGCAUGAGCUUGACGCUGGGCCCUGUGCGGCCCUCGGUGGAGCAGUUCCACAAGUACCUGCCCUGGUUUCUGAAUGACCCCCCCAACAUCCGAUGUCCCAAGGGUGGCCUGGCGGCGUACAGCACCUCUGUGAACCUGAGCGCCGAUGGCCAGAUUGUAGCCACCCGCUUCAUGGCCUACCACAAGCCGCUGAAGAACUCGCAGGACUACACCGAGGCCCUGCGGGCGUCGCGGGAGCUGGCGGCCAACAUCACCGCGAGCCUGCGGCAGGUGCCGGGCACGGACCCCGCCUUCGAGGUCUUCCCCUACACGAUCUCCAACGUGUUCUACGAGCAGUACCUGACCGUGCUCCCGGAGGGGCUCGCCACGCUCGGCCUCUGCCUCGUGCCCACCUUCGUCGUCUGCUGCCUCCUGCUGGGCCUGGACCUGCGCUCCGGCCUCCUCAACCUGCUGACCAUCGUCAUGAUUCUCGUGGACACCGUGGGCCUCAUGACGCUGUGGAGCAUCAGCUACAACGCCGUGUCCCUCAUCAAUCUGGUCACGGCGGUGGGCAUGUCCGUGGAGUUCGUGUCCCACAUCACCCGCUCCUUUGCCGUCAGCACCAAGCCCAGCCGGCUGGAGAGAGCCAAGGAGGCCACCAUCUCCAUGGGCAGUGCGGUGUUUGCAGGGGUGGCCAUGACCAACCUGCCGGGCAUCCUCAUCCUGGGCCUCGCCAAGGCCCAGCUCAUCCAGAUCUUCUUCUUCCGCCUCAACCUCCUCAUCACCCUGCUGGGGCUGCUGCACGGCCUGGUCUUCCUGCCCGUCAUCCUCAGCUACCUUGGGCCUGACGUCAACCCGGCUCUGGUUGCUCUGGAGCGGACGCGAGCCCAGGAGGCGGCUGACGCUGCGGCGGGCUCCUGCCCAAAUCACCCCGACCCUACCUCCAACAUCUACGUCAACUCCGGCUUUGACGAGGCAGCCAGGGAUGUCGGCAGCUCUGCCCCCACCAGAAAGCAGAAGUUCUGA